CGGUGACGAUGGCGAUGCGGCUGCAUCCGCACCGCCUGCGCGUGCUGAGGACGAAAAGCCCGUACUUGCUCAGCCGCGCCUCCUUCUUCUUGUUCCCGUCGCCAUCUCGCUCGCUGGUCAAGUCACACACGGAGACGCGUGUCGUGCCUUUCUCCUGCACCGAAAUGUUCGAUGUGGUGGCGGAUGUGGAUCGCUACAACGAGUUCCUGCCCUUUUGCGUUGAGUCACGCGUGCUGCGAAGGCCCAAUGACAACGUCAUGGAGGCGGCUUUACGCGUAGGCUUCAAACUCUUUACCGAGUCCUACACGUCCCGUGUGCUCAUGAUCCGACCCAAUAAAAUCGCAACGAAAGCGAUUGACUCACCGACAUUCAAGCGGAUCGAGAGUGAAUGGGUUUUCAAGCCGUGUGCUACACCUGGAAGCUGUGAGGUGGACUUCAAAGUGACCUUCGAAGUAUCGUCGUUCCUCCACGCGAAUGCCAUCCAGCUCUUCUUCGAUGACGUCGCACUUACGCAACUUAAUGCGUUUAUUGGUCGUGCGAGAAAAAAAUACGGGACAGCACCUCGCCCAGUGCCUCAAGCCGCUGAGAAGGCAGAGCCACCACGAAUGACGAAAGAGUCCACUGCGAACACUAUCGCGGGUGAGAGUACCGAUAAUGACGUCGCAGAGGUUACCGCUGCGAUGGACGAAGACGACGAAGCUGCUAAACGUGUAGCAAAGGCCAAUGCAUCACGCCGCAUCAAAGGUGGUAUUUCUGCGCAAACGUACAGCGACUUGGCGGAUGUUUUCACCGACUACGCUGACAAGGACGGCAAACUAUACUAUGGCGGGUUUACAGCAGCUUGUAUGGCUCUAAGCGACGAGUACGAAGAUAUGAAGGAAGUUAGUGAGAGCGCCGCUCUUGCAGGAGCCGUGUUUUCCAGUUUCGAGACCCAUGCCACCCCAAAGGAUUGGCUCUCGCUGGAUGAGUUCGUAGUGGGCGUGUAUCUGAUGACUAAGGGCACGUUCGAGCAGAAAGCCCACAGUUUGUUUGAGAUUGUCAACAAAACAGGGGAUGGCAAGAUUACGCGCGAAGAAUUGACUGAAGCGAUGCAGCAACGGAUUCGAGCUGUGAAGAAGCUCUUCCCUAAGCUGUUGCGAGACCAAAUUCAAAUCCAGAUGGCGAACGAGCAGGUCAAAGAAUUGUCUUCUGUCCAGGACGCUGCCAUGGCGAGUAGCGUCCAAGCCAUUGAGGAACUGAUGGAGGAGGUGGAAAAAGAAAUCCCCCUCGCUGUAAAUCAGAUCUUCCGUGAAGCCGACCUGGACCAGGACGACUACAUCCGCGAGCAGGAGUGGAUGUUCGCGUGGCAGGCACGUCCAGAGUUUGUGGAGCUGCUGACAAUCGAUGGAAUGAACAAAAUGGCACAGUGGGCGUCGGUUGUACAAGAGGUCACUACAGACGACGAUAACGAUGAUGACGACAAGACUUAA